AUGGGGGUAACUGAAGAGGAGAUGGCGGUGGUCUACGCCUGCCUAAGGGUGCGACCCAGGGCCCCCGGCCCGGAUGGAGUCCCGAACCGGGUAUGGCCACCCUGGAAAUUGAUGACCGUACCUUUUACCACUGAGGCACCUUUUACCAGAUUCCUCAAGGAGGGCAGAUUUCCCCAGACAUGGAAGAAUGCUAGGCUUGUUCUCCUGAGAAAGGAAGGCAAGCGAACAGUCCUUCCAUGUAUAGGCUCAUUUACCUACUGGACUUCGGGGAAGAUGUUGGAGCGAGUGAUCGCUGUCCGUAUCGUCCGGCAUCUAUCCCGAGACGGCCCCAAUUUGUCCGAGGGACAGUUUGGGUUCCGGCAGGUCGACGAUCGACGCAAUCCGUCAAGUUCGAACUCUCUCGGGACACAUCACGUCAGAAGGGGAUGUGGCGUUGGCGAUGUCACUCGACAUCUCCAACGCCUUCAACACCAUCCCCUGGUGAAGACGCAUUAUCUCCUGCCUCCCUACCUAUAG